AUGACGAGUCCGUCUCCAUCGCCGCGCGACGACAAGCUCGAGCUCGUGACGGUCGAAGAGCAAGAAGAGUUCCUCGAGGUGCUCAAGCAGCUCAACCUGGCCACGUCCCAGCAGCAGCAGCAGCAGCAACUGCAAGCGCGACAGGCGGCGUCCGACCGCAACGCGCUCGCCGCUCAGAAGGAUUUCAAGUUCUGGAACACGCAGCCAGUGCCGGCGUUGGACGAGUUCCCACGGGAACACGGGGCCAUUGACCCGCCCAAAAGCAUCUCAGACGUGCGUCAAGAGCCGUACAACAUGGCAUCGGGGUUCGUCUGGAGCGAACUGGAUCUUUCGGACGCACAAGCAGCUCAAGAAGUGUACGACCUGCUCACGCAAAACUACGUGGAAGACGACGACAAUAUGUUUCGAUUCGAUUACUCAGUGGACUUUCUCAAGUGGGCACUCACCCCUCCGGGUUACCACAAGCACUGGCACGUGGGUGUCCGCAACGCCAAGACGAGGAAGCUCAUGGCUUUUAUCUCGGGGAUUCCCGUCCGUACGCGUGCGUACACAAGUGUCAUGGCCAUGGCAGAGAUUAAUUUCCUCUGUGUGCACAAGAAACUCCGGACGAAACGACUAGCGCCCGUGCUGAUCAAGGAGAUUACACGUCGAGUGAACUUGUGUAAUGUCUGGCAAGCAGUGUACACGGCUGGCGUUGUGCUGCCGAUGCCCGUCGCCCAGUGCCGCUACUUUCAUCGGUCGCUGAACCCGAAGAAACUGAUUGAAGUGGGCUUCUCGAGACUUGCACCGAGGAUGACGAUGACGCGUACGAUCAAGAUGUUCAAGCUACCGGAGACCACGAACGUGUUGGGGUUCCGGCGUAUGGAGAAGAAGGAUGUCGCGCCCGUGACCGCGCUCUUGGAGACGUACUUGGCCAAGUUUGACCUUGUGCAACACUACGACCAGCACGACGUGGCCCACUGGAUGCUUCCGCGUGACGGUGUUCUUAGUGCGUACGUUGUAGAGAACCCCGAGACUCACGAGGUCACGGACUUUACGAGCUUCUACCACUUGCCAUCGACGGUGAUUGGCCAUGACAAGCAUAGUAAGCUGAAUGCUGCCUACUCGUUCUACAAUGUGGCUACAACGGUGUCGCUGGCAGAGCUUGUAAACGACACGCUGAUCAUGGCCAAGCAAGAGGGCUUUGACGUGUUUAACGCGCUCAACCUCAUGGACAACGCAGAGUACCUGCAAGAACUCAAGUUCGGCCCUGGGGAUGGCGACCUCAUGUACUACUUGUACAAUUGGCGCUGCCCACGCAUGGAGAGCAACAAGAUUGGUCUCGUGUUGUGCUAG